CUUCACAGCUUCGGAGUUGCAUCACCACUUUGUAUCAAGAGUCCAAGACAGUGUAGUCGCCAAGUAUAGUUCAAGGUCUAUCUAAGCUUGGUCUAGUUGACAGCUGAGAUAACACGGAUAACAGUGAGACUAGAAAGACUCUUCACUGCAAUGGCACCUCGUAUCGCUGACUCCCACCGGGCCAAGAAACAGAGCCCUCGGGGUCUGUCUGCUGCCCCCUCCUGUAGAAGGAAACUUUUCUCCGUGCUCUUAAAUAGUACUACACCUUACAGAAAGAUGCCAAAGCAUGAAAUAUUUCUCGCUGCGGAAAGGGGCGACCUCCGGGAAGUCAAGGAUCUUUUACAGCACACAGGACCUGCUGUGAGGAAGCCUUGCUCGCGUUUCACUCUUCUGCACGUGGCGGCUCUCAACAACCAGAAACAGAUCGUAGAAUUUUUGCUGGAAUUCAUCAAUCCGAAUGUGGUUGGCUCACUCAACAGAACUCCUGCUCACCUGGCUGCUCUCAGGGGUCACCUGGAAGUUCUCCAGGUCUUGCUGGCUGACCAAGAGACAAAUCCCGAUAUCAAGAAUAACUUGAAUCAGACGUACAAAGACUUGCUUGCGACCCACCUUUUCGAAGCAAUUCUCUCUGGCAACGAGAAACAAACAAGAGGCCUACUUGCCUUGGGUGCUAAUCCUGACUGCCAUCCUGGAAAUGACACGGAAGGCGUCUUGAGCAGAGAACUUCACAUCACCACACCGCGUCAGUUAGCUCUGUCCUUGAACCAAGAAUCGAUACUGAUGUUAUUACCUACGGAUGAGGAAGGGCAUCCAGUCACCAAGCAUGGACAUAUUUCAGUAUCACCUACAAUACCAAGAAUUGGCAGGGACCCAAUGCAGCUUGGCCCCCUUAGGAUCAAAGUAAAACCAGCUACGCAAUGCGUGACCGGACGUGAUGUAUACCCAAUGAACCCAGACUCCAGAGGGUAUGUCUGCAUCCUGAGUUUUGGGUCAUUCGAGAGGAGGCCUGAUCUGGAGUUGGAAGCCUCAGAGGAUGACGCCAGCAACCUGGCCAAUGUUUUUAACCAGAUGGGCUAUUCCGGAGAAGUUCACCAUUCGUUGACCUCAAAUGCAACCAAAGAGACCUUAACAAGAAUAAGGGAAAUGAAAGAGCUGUGGGGUGCUGAUAGUGCCACUUUCAUCAUCUCUAGCCACGGCACUAUUAGCUCUGUCCUUGAACCAAGAAUCGAUCUGAUGUUAUUACCUACGGAUGAGGAAGGGCAUCCAGUCACCAAGCAUGGACAUAUUUCAGUAUCACCUACAAUACCAAGAAUUGGCAGGGACCCAAUGCAGCUUGGCCCCCUUAGGAUCAAAGUAAAACCAGCUACGCAAUGCGUGACCGGACGUGAUGUAUACCCAAUGAACCCAGACUCCAGAGGGUAUGUCUGCAUCCUGAGUUUUGGGUCAUUCGAGAGGAGGCCUGAUCUGGAGUUGGAAGCCUCAGAGGAUGACGCCAGCAACCUGGCCAAUGUUUUUAACCAGAUGGGCUAUUCCGGAGAAGUUCACCAUUCGUUGACCUCAAAUGCAACCAAAGAGACCUUAACAAGAAUAAGGGAAAUGAAAGAGCUGUGGGGUGCUGAUAGUGCCACUUUCAUCAUCUCUAGCCACGGCACUAGCAACAACGAUGCUUUCCUUGCAUCAGAUAUGCAACAGUUAUCUACUGAAUGGUUACUAGGUUUUUUCAGUGAUGCCGAAUGUCCUCAGCUAAAGAACAAGCCUAAGCUCUUCAUCUUUGAUUUCUGCAGAGGCUACUAUCUGACAGCUGUGCAGUAUUCCAGAUCUUUUAGACCUACAAGAGUGAACGAACCUCAGCGAGAUAUGGUCUGCAUUUACUCCAGCAAUACUGGAUUUACGUCUUAUAACUUCUCAAAGGAUGGAUCUAUCUUCCCUACUGCCCUUUGUCGUACAAUGGCAAAGCACGCUCACGAUUUGGAACUCAAUGAUCUUUGCAGAGAGCUGCCUGCUGCAUUGUUUGAAUACCGCGCCAAGGAUGGCGGACCUGAUGACGUGCGCCAGCCUAUUCAGCUAGCGACCGAUGCGGCAUCUAGGCUUUUAUAUCUGUGCUUCUGCCCAACUGAAUAG